AGGCAGCCGGCAACUGUACCCUGCCUUUUCCCCUCGACUCUCUUUCUCUCUCUCGCAGCAGCAGCAGCAGCCGCGUUGCCGUGUGCGCGUGUUGGUGGCUGGCUACCUCUCCAACUCACGCGCACACACACACAUCUCUUUUCCUCUCGGUGCGAUACGAAGCGAGAGCGAGAGAGAGAGAGAGAGGAGGCAAAGGCAAUAAAUGGAAGCUUAGGUGAGCGCAGGCUCCAUGGCGGCGUGGCAGGGCCUCUCUGUCGCCUCACCGUCUUAACUCGCGGCAGCGCAGCGAGCUGAGCUGAGCUGAUCCGGCCGCCGCGGAUUAACUCCUCCUGGCCGCGCGUGCUAGCUACUAGCUAGUGGUCUACACGAUCGAGAGAGAGGUUUCGGUUUCUUGAUCGGUUCUUGAUCUGCUGCUGCUGCUUCGUGGUCGUCGUCUUCUUCUUCUUCUUCUUCUUCUUCUUCUUCUUCCCUAGCCGGGGGUACGUACGGCCGCCUAUGGAUUUGGGCGCAUGGCGGGGUUCCCUCUAGGCGGAGGAAGCCACAGCCGAGACAACCCGGCGCCGCCCGUCCCGCCGGUGCACCCCGCCGACGCCGCCUCGUUCCUGUACGCCACGAGGGGCGGGAGCUUCCAGCUAUGGCAGCAGCAGGAGCAGCAGCCGUUCUACGCCUCCAACAUCAUCCGCUUCGCCGAUGACGCGCCCCCGGCGCCGUCGUUGGCGGGGGCGUCGUCCUCGUCCUCGUCGCGCGGGAUGCGGUCGAGCGGCGGCGGGGGCGGUGGCGGCGGCGGCGGCAUCAGCUGCCAGGACUGCGGCAACCAGGCCAAGAAGGACUGCACCCACAUGCGCUGCCGCACCUGCUGCAAGAGCCGGGGCUUCGCCUGCGCCACCCACGUCAAGUCCACCUGGGUCCCCGCCGCCAAGCGCCGCGAGCGCCAGCAGCAGCUCGCCGCGCUCGCCGCCUCCGCCGCCGCCACCGCCGGCGGCGCCGGCCCAUCUCGCGACCCCACCAAACGCCCCCGCGCGCGUCCCUCCGCCACCACCCCGACGACCUCCUCAGGAGAUCAGCAGAUGGUGACGGUGGCGGAGAGGUUCCCGCGGGAGGUGAGCUCGGAGGCGGUGUUCCGGUGCGUGCGGCUGGGGCCGGUCGACCAGGCCGAGGCGGAGGUCGCGUACCAGACGGCCGUCAGCAUCGGCGGCCACGUGUUCAAGGGCAUCCUGCACGACGUCGGCCCCGAAGCCCUGGCGGUCGCCGGCGGCGGCGGCGCCAGCGAGUACCACUUCCGCCUCACCGGCGACGGGUCCUCGCCGAGCACCGCCGCGGCCGGCGAGGCAGGCUCCGGCGGCGGCGGCAACAUCAUCGUGUCAUCGGCUGUGGUGAUGGACCCGUACCCGACGCCCGGGCCCUACGGCGCGUUCCCCGCCGGCACGCCAUUCUUCCACGGCCACCCGCGGCCGUGACCGGCGCCCACUCCGGUCGCCGGCCGGCCGUCCGGCCAACGUCGCCGCCAUGCUGUAACGCCACUACAAUCUCUCACUCGCUGCAACUGUCAAUUGCUUUGGUCGAUCUCGAUCUCUUGAGAAUUCUUAGCUUCUGAUCUCCCUUUGAUAUCUCGUUGCAUAAAUUGAUGUGUCUUCUUCUAGAGCCUAGCUUAGCUUAAAUUAGGCAGGCGAACCCUUUAGACUCUUGUUUGCUUCUCUUCUUGGGAGCCAUUUGAUAUGAGCAAUUAAUACACUCGUUUCCUAGCAAGAAUGAUUGGAAGCUUCCCAACAGUUAGGAGCUUGGGGGAAAGCACCCUCUCUCUUUAGCUUAAGCUUAGCUUGAUGAUUUCCACCGUGCACUGUUCAUCUUCUUCCAUCAUUCCUGCUGCUUGAUUGAAUUGAUACUAGUAAUUCUUGGUAUUGGUGUACUAUA